CAUUUUGAUAGGGGAUUUGUGAGCUCAUCUAGAUUCUAGACUAUUAUACUGUUCUAUCUUUGGACGACGAAUGGCCGGAUCACGUCAAUACGCGUGUACAAAUUGUUUCAACUGGUUUCAGUUCGAAGAUUUAGCUGAAGAUUCUCAACUAUGUAAGGAAUGUCUAAACAACAAGAAUAAUUCUGAUGCCUCUUUGAACGGUCAUGUCAAGAAUAAGAAAAAGGCCAUCGAGGGAGGAAAAAGUCGAUGCAAGUUUUGCAGAACAGAAGCUCAAAAUCAAAGUAAAACAAAGAGUCACAUCUGUGAGCGAUGUGUUAAAAAUAAAGCUGAAUAUGGAGAGCCUCGCAGUUGCUCCUUCUGUCAUCUCCAUGCUGCUUUCAUUGGAUCAAAAUGCAGACGAUGUGCAAGUAGUAUGAAGAAGUAUGGGCCACCUCAAAUAUGUUCACAAUGUAAAUUAAAAGCUGCAUUCAAUCAUCCAAAGGCUCUGGACAAGAAUAAUCUACUAUGCUGGCUAUGUACUUCAACUGCACAGAAGGCAAUGAAGAAAGUAAAACGAAGGGCUUCAGAAGAAGCAAUGUCACAAGGAAUAAAGAAGACUAAAAUGUGGACAGUUUCCGCAGAAAGUGAAAGUUCUCCCACAGAGAUUGUUAUCGAAGAGGAAGUUAUGAUACAUGAAAAAGAUAUAUCAGAUCAAACAAGUUGGGAUGAAUAUUCUUCACAAGAUAUGGAUUAUCGUCUUCCAGUUGAAUCUAUAAAGUCGGAAACAAAAUCUGAGGAUAAUAAAAACAAUUUACAAUUGACAUCAAAUUCCGCAACAAAGUCUAAUAACCAUGAUAAAUGUCGUACUUUGUCUUCCCAUAAAGAAAAAUCUCAUAAAUCAAAUAAAAGCAAAAAAUUAACAACAAAGACUGAAGAAAAAUUUACAACUUCUGACACAUUGCCAGCGGACUUAAUUGCCAAAGUGAAAAAGAACAGACUUAAAGUAAAAGAAGCAAGACGCAGUGCACCUGCAGCUAUGAACGUAACGAAACAUAAACAUGAGAGGCGAUCAAGACAUGGACUACACAAAAAGGAAACUAAUAAUAUAAAACAGUCCGAUACCGCAGCGAAUAUGUUGGAUGCCAAAAUUAUGCAUUUACAGAAAAAAUUGUCACAUAAACGAGAUAUUAAUGAAAAAUCCAUCGAAAUGGCAGAAUCGACGCCAACAAUAAUUAUUGAUGUUGAUAAAAAUGAUGACUCAAAUUUGGAUAAAACGUCUCGUUCUUUGACUUCUUUGCCAAUGUUGAAAACCUCAGAUGGAACCUCUAAACUUGAAAGAUUCCGGACUACUGACUCUGGCUCAUCUAGUCCGUUACCUACAGUCAAUGAUGGUAAUAUAGUUAUUGUAACACAACUUCGAGCAGAAAUCAGUUCUUUGAAAAAGCAAGUAUCACAAAAAGAUAAAGAACUGCUUGAAAAAGAUAAACAGAUUUCAUGCAUCAAAGUAGGACAUUUACAAGAGCAAAGAGAUUUGAGAGCAAAAAUGAAAGAUUUGAUUUCGAAGCAUUCCGAAACAUUGGAACAAUUGCAGACUAAAAAUCAAGAUUUAUUAAAAAAGGUUUCACAGUUGUCAAAAGGCAGAGCUUGAGUUUUUCACAUUUUAAAACAUAGCCAAGUGAAUGCAAUUCAGCUGUGUUAUCGAUAAACAUAUAAGUUUGACAAACGUUUGCUAUGGAAAACAAGGAAUCCUAGUAUUACCUCCUAUUAAUAGCUGUCAUAUUUUUUUUAUAAAUUAUUAUUGAUGUACUAAAAUGUGACAUUUGUGGGUGUCAAACUAAAUAUGUUUUCCAAUUUCAUCGAUUAUAAAAAAUGGUUCUAGAUUUAUGAUCUCUUCUUAAAUUGCAGUAACCAGAUAUUCAUCUAACUAGAUUUCCACUCGAAAAGAAUUUUUGGAUA